UGGGGUUCGGCAGUGAGUCACACGCUUCAUGCAGCUGGCUCACUCGCUCACUCGUUAUUCUCCUAUUGGUCCAAAGCUUCAAUAUGUCCAAAUUGAAUGUGACAUGAUUGGUCCAAGGUCAUGCAGCUUGCUCACGAUAUCUGAUGCUCGGAAUAACAUCCUAGGUGCAAUUAUCUCGGACAUUGUUCAAGAAGAGCAAUAUAAAGAUCCUAGCAGCACCUUAAUCUCGACGAAUAUUUUCGCAUCAUCAAAUACAUAGAAUUCAAUCCAAGUCAUUGAAUUCUCUGUUUCUUGGCAUUAAACGUUCACGCAUUGGCUGAAGUACUCAUUUUGAACAUGACUUUCCAUCCCGACACUCUCCCUGAUCUCAAGGGCAAAGUAUUCAUCGUCACAGGUGGGAAUUCGGGUAUAGGCUACUACACCGUAGCUUACCUAGCAGAACACGGCGCCCAUGUUUACAUGUGCGCCCGAUCCCCAGAGAAGGCCGCAGCAGCCAUCGCCAGCAUCAAGAAAAUGCACCCCUCAGCCAACAUCGACCUCCUGCAAAUGGACCUCAUGGACCUCACCAGCGUCGUCACGGCUGCCAAGCACUUCCUCGCCCUCGAAACAGCCCUGCACGGCCUGGUCAACAACGCAGGCAUUAUGGCGACACCCUUCGAAAUGACCAGAGAUGGCUACGAGGCCCAGUGGCAGACCAACUACCUUGCGCACUGGGUUUUGACAGAACACCUGCUUCCUCUGAUGCUGCGGACCGCCAAGACGCUUCCUCCCAGCAGCGUGCGCAUUGUAAACCUCACUUCAUCGGGCCACUUAGGCGCACCUAAGGGCGGCAUCAAUUUCAAGGACCUAUCGCUAAAGGAUAGCGGCCCCUGGUCGCGGUACGGACAGAGCAAGCUCGCCAACAUUCUACACACCCAGACCCUGCACAAGAAGUACGGGCCCGGCUCUUCCAGUGCGCGGAACGGGGAAGGUGAGAUCUGGGUUUCGUCAGUGCAUCCAGGUCUAGUUGAGACGAACCUCGCCACAUCGGUGGGGGAGUCGGGGUCGGGCAUGAUCGGUGUUUUCUCAGUCUUACGCAUGUGUGGACUGAUAUGGCCUGCCGAUAAGGGGUCGUGGACCAGUUUGUUCUGUGCGGCGAGUCGGGAUAUGAAGGCGGAGCAGAGCGGAACGUAUUUCGAAAUUUUCCGGCGGUUUGGGGAGCCGAGGUGGCAGAGCAGCGCGGCAAAGGAUGGGAAGCUUGCAGGGAGGUUGGAGGAGUGGACUGGGGAGGUGAUGAGGAAGGAAGGGUGGAUUCUGUAAUGGCGUCAACUGGUUUCUGUAUUUUCGAUUUUAUUAAUAGAUUUAUUGUUCUAUAUUAUUAUAUAUUCUUAUUUUCCUUAUUUAUUCAUGUACGUUUUUAUUUACUUUUAUACUUUUAAGUAUAUAGUCCAUAGUUUAAUACCCAGUGAUUCUUUAUUUAA